AUGAUUGUGAUUUUUGGCAGCUCAAACGCCUUUGGACGCGACGUGGACGAGACGGAGAUGAUGAUGCUCGCCGGGACGGUCUUCGUGGUAUCUGUGCUCCUCGUGCUCGUGUACAAGCUAGCACGAGGCUGGGAUGACUUGGAGAAAGAAGACUAUGGCGCCAGUGUGCUACCACUGCGUGCACCUCGAGCAACUAAUCGCUGGGUCAGCAGCCGCAAGACGCACUUUGGACGCCUCGGCACAAUUCAGGAGAACGAGGUUUUCUUUUUUAGCUCCAAGAAGCGUUAG